AUGGACGUGGACGAGUCGCCGCGAAAGGCGCAGGACGAGCUCGAGGACGAGGCCUUGGAGAACAGCCCGCCAGCGCUGGACGACGACGGCGACAUGGGCCUGUUUGGCUCUGGAGACGAGGAGGAGGACGAGGAAGAUGUGCAAGACAGACGGCGGAGGCUGGACGACGUCGAGCUCGACUCCGGCGACGACGAAGGGCGAUACGACCGUGUCGGGUCUCCCAUGGAAGAAGACGGCAUGGACUACGGCCGGACACUGAAUAUCAUGGACCUGAGCCUUGGACGAGCUCCUGAGCCAGAGACCACAGACGGACAGCUGUUCAAUUGCGCUAUUCCAAACUUCCUCUCGAUAGAGUCUGAAGAUUUCAACCCAGAAACAUACGUUGCUCCGCCCUUUUCAUCGGCCUCCACCUCGCUCUGUUGGAGGACCAGUCCAGACGGUAGCGAGCUCCAGUCCAAUGCCAGGAUAAUACGCUGGUCAGAUGGCUCCAUGACCCUCCAGCUUGCCUCGAACCCAACAGAACAGUACCGGAUAUCAUCCAAACCUCUCGCGCAGUCCAGCCGGCCCGGUAAGCGAGAAGAGUACGACCCCGAUCUGGAGUCUCACACAUACUUGGGUGUGGCAGCAGAAGCAUCUUCGGUCAUCCGUCUCACUUCGCGCAUCACCGCCUCCCUCAGCAUUCUCCCCUCCACAGUCGAGACAGACGAUGCAGUGCAGAGACUGCAAGAGUCCCUCGCCGCAGCUUCACGAAGUGGCAAGAAGACCGCAGACGGAUCCGUAGCAAUCAUCGAAGUCAAGCAGGAUCCAGAGCUGGCGAAGAAGCAGGCCGAACAGGCUGAACGAGAGAAACUGCGUGAAGCCCGUAAGAGACAGGCUGCUGCUGAGCGAGAAGUUGAUCGUGGCAGGCGAAGUACCGCCUUCCAGCGCUCGGGGGCAGCAGGUCUUACCAUCGCCGGCCUCGAAGGAGACGAGGACAUGGGUGUCGGUACCAAAUCCCGUCCUGGAGCAAAGCGGCCCGGUGCUCGCAAACCCCGCCGUCGUGACGAGAUUUAUUCUGAUGAAGAGGAUGAUUACGACCGGAGAGGCCGCACGCGUGAAGACGAGUAUGAUGAAGAUGACGGGUUUCUGGUUGGAAGUGAUGAGGAGCCUGAGAUCGAAGAAGACGAGGAUGAAGAGGAGGAAGAAGCAGAGGAUGAAGACAUGGACGCUGAGGGUGAGAUUGAUGACGACGUCCAGCCUGCGAAGCCCAGUGGUAAAUCAUCCAGGCCACAAUCGCCCGGUCAGAAAGAGGCUUCACCCCAGGCACGGAAGAAGCACAGAUACGUCGUUGAUGACGACGACGAUGAGUAG